AUGGGGUCAGGCCAACUGCGAGCCCGCCCGAGCGUGCAGGAAACACUUCCAGAGCCAGUCAGAGUCAACGAUUCCGUUGUUCCGUGCCUUCCUCCCAUCAUCACUCCACAUUGUGGCAGCGCAGCGGCUGACCUUUUGGGAUCAACUAUGCUUAGUUUGGCGGACAAUUUGCCUUUCCAAAGAUUAUUUGGCCACUCGGUUGAAGCGGUUAGCGAUCAAGCAAGCCAGUGGGAUCGUGGAAUCCUCGAACACGGCCGUGCAGCCAACACCACCAUGAUCACACACUACAAAGUAGCUAUCUAG